AUGAGCCCCGUCGAGUCUGUCCAAGUAGCCAUCAUUGGCGCAGGACUAAGCGGCCUCCGUGCUGCAACAGAAAUACACAAUGCUGGACUUUCUUAUGUGGUCCUAGAAGGUAUGGACCGCGUGGGUGGCAAAACCCUUUCUGUCCCAACGUCCUCUACAGGCGAUGCUGUUAUCGAUCUUGGUGCAGCUUGGAUCAACGACACGACUCAGGCUCAAAUGUAUGCCCUGGCACAAGAAUUCGGAUUCAAUCUGAUACCACAACGUGCGGAAGGACUUUCCAUUCACCAAGAUGCACAGGGUGGCUUUAAGAUGCUACCGUUCGGUGUACCCACUGAUAUGACUGAAGAAGAGCAAGUCUUAUUCCAUGAAUUUAUAUCGAAACUCAUGGAAUACGUGGAACGCUCUGAUCUGAGAAACCCUCAUCUCGGUCCGGAUGCUGCCACCCUAGACAGUCUGACAGUCGCAGAGUUCAUCGAGAAGGAGUUCUCGUCGCCGAUAAUUUUGGGCCUAGCCACCACUCUUACUCGCGCCAUUCUCGGUGUUGACGCACAUGAAGUUAGUGCCUUGUAUCUUGUUGACUUCAUCAAGAGCGGCGAUGGCUUCGUGAAUAUCACGUCCGACGUCAAAGACGGCGCCCAGUACCUCCGUAACCAGCAAGGCAAUCAAACGUUUUCUGUUAAGCUCGCUGCCAAACUAAAUCCCGGCACCGUGAAGCUGUCAUCCGGUGUUGUCAGCAUUGAACAGUUCAACGACUACGCAGCCAUUUGCACCAACGAUGGCAAGGUGUAUCAUGCUAAGAAGAUUAUUUCGUCGGUGCCUACCUGCCUUUUACCUCUCAUCAAGUUCACACCAGCUCUUCCGUCAGCCAAGCAAACGUUGACCGAGUCCACGAAGCUGGGUUACUACUCCAAGACAGUCCUCGUCUUUUCAGAGCCCUGGUGGCGCGCAGCAAACUUGUCCGGUGCCUACUCUUCCAACUUUGGGGCCAUCGCCUUCACAAGAGAUACAUGCACUCCCGAAAACGGACAGUUUAGCAUAACCUGCUUCCAUGUGGGUGAGACUGGCCGGAAAUGGUCGGCACUUGAUGACGCCGAGAGACGUCGUGUGGUGUUGGAGGAGUUUAAGGCGGCUUUUGGCACAAUAGUCUCUGAGAUCCCCGAACCACUCAACAUUAUCGAAAAGGAAUGGACCAAGGAUCCUUGGGCAAGAGGAAAUCCCAACCCCGUGAUGAUGCCGGGUCUGAUGACUAGCGAUGCAGGACAGUCUAUUCGCGAACCAGUUCAGCAUGUACACUUUGUGGGAACAGAGACGUCGUAUGAAUGGAAGGGGUACAUGGAGGGCGCAGUGCUGUCGGGCAUCCGCGGUGCAAAGGAGGUUGUUGACUUACUAAAGAGCGAAUAA